GUUUGUUUCACUGACGUGUGUAACGGAGCCGAUGCGUGUUUAACCCGGUUUAACUCGGGUUAACUCGGGUAACUCCGGGAGACUCUCAUCUUCUCAGGGAACAUUAAACAUAAUGGACAGUCGCAGCCUGGUGGGUGAGUCUCUGUCUCCGGUGACGUCCCUGAUGUCCAACACCGGUCGUCUGAGGAGCAGCCUCCGGCCUCCUGAACACAACAGCAGCAUCAGAUACAGAAACAAGGACUACGACUCGGCCUCUGCGGCGCUGGACGCCUACAUCGCAGACUUUGAGAGCAGUUGUCAGAGCUGCAGGUUUCCGGCCGGAGGACUCGUCCUGCCUCGUAGUCUCCGGUCCACGCCGAGCAGACCCAGAGUGAGCACACUCAGGAACAAAGAUGUUCUCAGGGAGAGUUUGACUGAGAGAGAGCUGGACUUCCUGAGCCUUCCCGUCAGCUCCCUUCAUCACGGUGCUAACAGAGACCGACUCUCCAUGACGACAGACGAGCUGCUGUCAAUCCCUAACGAUGGAACCAUGCCUGUCACACAUACUUCUGCCUUUAUCCAAGGCCUCGUGUCUCAGUCUGCAGCCUCACAGCUCCACUGCUCCUCCAGCUUCACCAAACCCCAGCUGAACCACCACCACCCUCAACUGACCAGGAGCUCCAGGUGCAGAGGAAGAGGAGCAGCCAUGUUCAAAUCACAUGACAACGAAUUCCCUUCCGCACACAGAGCAGCAGGGUCAGAGGUCACAGAGCCGUCCUCAGUUCCUCCUCACUGGUCCAGCAGCAUCCCUGACCGGAACUCCCCAGCAUGGGUCCAGCCACAGCUGUGGGACGACUACAGUUUUCCUGCAGCUGUGAGAAGCAGAGCUCCGUCCUGGGUCGCAGAGCUCGAGGAAGAUGAUCUCCACCAGACACGUUCACAGGUUGGAGAUCUGAGGCUUCAGUUAGCUGAAGAGAUUUCACUGCUCGCUGCUGAGAGGAAAAGCUCCGACAUCGUGGACACGCACAUGAUGUUCAGAGACAACCGGUUGGAGUGUUUGAUCCAGAAGGCCGAUCAUGUGUUGAACUCUCUGUGUCAGAGCUGUGACGGAGCAGAUAAACCUGCAGUCAGUCCAGUGAACACUGAGGAGCUGCUCAGUUCAUCCUCACGCUGUCCUUCGUUAACUCUGGACCCAGCAGCAGGGGGCGGCACUGAGGCUCUGAGUGACAGAGGAGCUGAGACGUUGAGCAGCGGUCUCCAUGGUAACAACAUCUGGAAGCAGCCCGGUCCAGUGGAGGCUCUGAAACAGAUGCUGUUCAGACUGCAGGCGGUGGAGACCAAGCUUCAGCGUCACGAAGAAGAAGCAUCAGAAGCUCAAACACACCCUGACAGGCUGCAGGCUCCAGGGACGCAGACGACUGAAGUAGAGCUGGAGAGUUUUUCUGUUGGACCGUCACUUCACAGAGCUCUGCAUCACCUGAGUCGUCUGAAGCUCCUGGUGGAUGAACACAGCGAGAUAAACAGAGAGGAGGAGAGGGAUGAAGAUGAAGGACGCUACUCUUCCUCAUCUGCUGACGGACUCAUCUGUACGCAGCUGAAACUCUCCCAAAGCUGACGUUAGUUUCCUCGCUGUCCAGGAAGAAUCUGGAUGAAAUCUGGAUGAAUGCUUGAGAUGAGAAGGUGCCGUGCAUCCAAACCCAGAACAUCUGGACCGAUGAGGAGCCGAUGGAAAGUGAGGAGGAGACGAGAAGUGUUCACCUGAAGGAACCUGUGGAAGCUGGAAACAUUGUCUGAUCUCGGUUUUUCCAUUAAAGUCUCAGUCUGAA